UUCCGGAUCUCUCAGCUGCGCCGCCGGGAGACCCCCUCGCCGGUGAGGGGCCCCGGGUCGAGCCCGAGCGCGGUGCCGGCCGGAGGAAGCCGCGGGAGACCGGGUGGGCCGGGCGAGCCGCCGAGAGUAGCGGGGCCUGCCCUGCACGCCCGGAGAGAAGUGGGAGGCGGGCGGAGUUACGGGAGGCCGCGCGAGCGAGUGAGCGUGGGUCCGACUCGAGGUCGGGCUCGGGCCCGAGGCGGGUGGGCCAGGCCCCCCGAGCCGGCGUUGCGCGCGGCCUGGGACGCACGGCGCGGGCGCGGAGGCGCGGGGCGAGCGAGGACGCAUGGCCUCGCCAUUCCUGACCGCGGGGGCCACCACGGGCGACAGCGGCGGAGAGCUGAGCUCGGGGGACGACUCCGGCGAUGUGGAACCCCGCCAGAGCCCCGAGACCGAGGCGUCCGGGAGCCUGGCAGAGCUCUUUGAGCAGGCUGCCGCGCACCUCCAGGGCCUGGUUCAGGUGGCCAGCCGGGAGCAGCUCUUGUACCUGUAUGCCAGGUACAAGCAGGUCAAAGUUGGAAAUUGUAAUACUCCUAAACCAAGCUUCUUUGAUUUCGAAGGAAAGCAGAAAUGGGAAGCAUGGAAAGCACUUGGUGAUUCAAGCCCCAGCCAAGCAAUGCAGGAGUAUAUUGCAGUAGUUAAGAAAUUAGAUCCAGGUUGGAAUCCUCAGUCACCAGAGAAGAAAGGAAAAGAAGCAAAUACCGGUUUUGGUGGACCUGUUGUUAGUUCUCUGUAUCAUGAAGAAAUCAUCAGGGAAGAAGACAAAAACAUAUUUGACUACUGCAGGGAAAACAACAUUGAUCAUGUAACCAAAGUCAUCAGAUCGAAAAAUGUGGAUGUGAAUAUGAAAGAUGAAGAGGGUAGAACUCUACUCCAUUGGGCGUGUGAUCGAGGACAUAAAGAACUAGUUACAGUCUUGCUACGAUAUAAAGCUGAUAUUAACUGUCAGGUUAUUUCCACACAGGCUCAACUACCAUCUGACUGUGGGAUGAUGAAGGUCAAACAGCUCUACAUUAUGGUUCAGGGAUGUGCCCAGACUUCGGGUGUCUUGAACUCCCACCCAGUAUAUGAGGAUGUGACAACCAUAAUGCUGCUGCCUGUGAGUUUUUGGACAUUGUAGAGCUGCUGCUCCAGUCUGGCGCUGACCCCACUCUCCGAGACCAGGAUGGCUGCCUGCCAGAAGAGGUGACAGGUUGCAAAGCUGUUUGUUUGGUGUUGCAGCAACACACGACUGGCAAGGCUUAAUCAAAAGACUGGAAAACCACAGUCUGUAACAGCAUAGAGCUUCAAUAAUGAAGGAAAACUGCAAAGAUAAUACUUCUUUUACCACCCAUCUUUGGUAUACAUUGGCUAAUAAAAUCAGUUCUGAGGAACUGGGAUUUUGAA